UUUAUGUUUAGUUUGUCUUCGCAUAUUGCUAAGUAAUAUACAACAUUAUUUUAGAAUUAUUUUUAUAAUUCAACAGUUGAUAAAAUUAAUUAUUUAAUUAAUUAAAUAACAAUUAAAGAUGGCAACAUCAGCGUUAUUAAGAACAGGUCUUAGAUCAGUGAUUUCAAUGGGUGCAAAUUUAGAAAAAAAAAUUGUACCUGUUGUUAAUAAUUCUUCAAUUUUUUAUGGUAAUGACAGCUUGAGAAUGCAGCGAAAAUAUCAGUUUGCACAGAUGACGAGAGCCAUGUCGAGCAAACGAAAUGUUCAUCGUCAAUCCGUAUCAGCGUCUGUUGAAGAAGACAGUGAUAGUGACAGUGAUUCUGAUUCUGAUUCAGACAGAGGAUCAUCUGAAUUUUGGCGAAGAAAAAUGCGCACAUUACAUAGUCACUUGGAUGUAAAUAAAGAUGGUGUUAUAAGUUAUGAUGAUUUUAUGUUACUUGGUGAGCGUUUUGCUGAUUUAGGUCAUUUAACACCCGAGGGAAAAAAAGAAUUUCAAAAAGUUUUAACUGAUAUGUGGGAAGAACAAUGGGGUGAAAUAAGUCCAUAUAAUCUUGUUGGAAUUGAACAAUAUCUUGAAGAGAUGCAUCAUGUUGUCAAUGAUUCAUCAUUAAAAAGAAAGUGUCAUCUUUUUCUUCCUUAUUUAUUCAAGGCUGUUGACAAAGAUUCAGAUGGUGAAAUAUCUGUUGAAGAAUUUAAAUUAUUUUUUAAAUGUCUUGACAUUGACAAUGAUCAUGCUGUUGUAUCAUUUACAUUUAUCGAUACAAAUGAGGAUGGAAAAAUAACAAUUGAUGAAUUUAUAACACUUGGAAGAGAUUUUUUUGUCAGUGAGGAUCAUACAAAACCCAGCAAACAUUUCUGGGGACCAUUGAUAGAUUAAAUUUAAAAAAUAAAUAUAAGACGGAGUAAAGAAAGAAG